GGGGCUCUGGCGAGUUCCCCUUCCACCUUCCCCCACCCUUCUCUUCCAACCUCUGUUCGGCCCCCUAGCUUGACUCCAGCCUUUGCUGCAGCUGCUCUCCAGUAGUUUCAGGACCGCAAACAACCGCAGUCGCUGUUCCCAGGAUGGUGAUCCGUGUGUAUAUUGCAUCUUCCUCUGGCUCUACGGCGAUUAAGAAGAAACAGCAAGAUGUGCUUGGUUUCUUAGAAGCUAACAAAAUAGGAUUUGAAGAAAAAGAUAUUGCAGCCAAUGAAGAAAACCGGAAGUGGAUGAGAGAAAAUGUACCUGAAAACAGUCGACCAGCCACAGGGUACCCCUUGCCACCUCAGAUUUUCAAUGAAAGCCAGUACCGUGGGGACUAUGAUGCCUUCUUUGAAGCCAGAGAAAAUAAUGCAGUGUAUGCCUUUUUAGGCUUGACAGCACCACCUGGUUCAAAGGAAGCAGAAGCUCAGGCAAAGCAGCAAGCAUGAAUCUUAAACAUUCUGCCUUCAGCAUCCUGAAAAAGGAGUCUCCAUUGCUUUUAUAAAAUAACAAAAUUAUCUUGGCUUCAAAAAAAAUAGGCUUAAUGUUAAAAUAAUAGAUUAGUUGCUGUUUUUGCAUGCAAACAAUCAAAAUGAAAAUAUAAUUAAAAUGUGAACAUUAUAUGAGAAGAAUGGGGGAUGAACAUAAAAUUUUAAGUAGAUGUCGUAGAAUAGUAUUAUCUGGCAUUUUAUGUACUUCAAUGAUUUUAACAAGCAAACACCUGACCCCCUUUUUGGUAUUAUUAUUGCAGCUUAAGUAUAUCUGUAGCUCUACAUUGAGGAAUUUAAAAGAGAGAGAAAGAAACAAUCUGUCUCUUGUUCCCAAAUUGCCUCAUUAAUUUUAGUGAAGUAUGUACCUUUUCGAUGUGACGUUAUUGUGAUUAAAAAAUAGUUUCAGGUAAUGUUUAUAUGUGAGACAUUAUAAUUUCCUAUGAUAAUUAUAACAUUCCCAUUCUUUUAUAGUUGAAACUUCUAUGUACUGAACCACAGGUUUUCAAGGCUUCUAAAUGUAGCCUUUCAUUGCAUAUUUCAGCGACCAGAACAGAUGACCUCCCACAAAAAAAAAAAAAAUAGAUGCAUUCACUUGAUAAAUUCCUUGCUUAAAUACACAGCUAUGAUACAAUCAUGUUUCUAAGCUGCUUGCCCCAGUGAAAUAUGCAUAUGUAUAUUAUGGAAGUGGGAUGGCAACUAAGUUUAAAAUGACAUCCUUUUGCAAAGAGCUCAGACUUUUAUUAACUAUUAUAAAAUAGAUUGGCACUCAUUGCCCAAGACUGGUUUUCCUUGGGUCUUUGCUGAAAAAAAAUCUUAGUGUUUUCACCCUUUUAAAACAACUUGUGAUCAUGAAUGCCACUAUCUCCCAGAUAUUUGACCUUUUUGUUUGAACUUAGGCAUAUAUUGUGUGAAUACAUUAAUCUAAGUAAAGAGAAUCUUUUCUAUGCCUCUAUUCCAGUGAAUAGCACAAGCAUCUGAUAAAUGGGUCAAUUUUUAAAAUCUUAAUUCUGAAAACUUCUAAGAAGACAAGAAACGUUUUGGCCUAAAUCACUUACCCAGAAGAUGUACAUAUUGUACUUCAGUUCCACACCACUUUAUUACUUAAAGCAAACUCCCUUUACUUUAAAUUACUUUGUCAUAUCAUUUGAUGUAUGCAAGUCUAUGCUCUUUGCCAAAGUCAACGUAUAGUGAAGACUUGGCUUUGUUUACUGAGAUUCAAACUUGAUGCGAUGGUUUAAAAUAAACUCAGUACUUUUAGAAACAUAAUUUAUGUGUUCCUGGAAUUUCUAAAUAGUGUAAUAGCAAUUUUAGAUGAGUAAUAUGUAAUUUUAGAGGGUGGGAAAGAAGAAAAGAGAAAAUAACAGAAAGAAAACAAUUUGAAUGCAAUUUCUAAAUUUCCCUUUUAGGGUUCUGAAUUUUGCAGUAUAUACAGGAGUCAAACAAAGAACUAUUCCAUUGUUUAAAAAUAUGCUGUGGAGAACACUAGGGAAAACAGGGUGCUUUGUAAUAGCUGGAAAAUGCUAGAAUAAAUUUGGUCUAUAUUUUCUCCUGAGCUUUAUUAAAUGCUGAUGAUGCUACUUACAAUAUUCUAAGUGACCAUUUUUACUUUUAUCUUAUCAUCAAAUAAGUUAACAAUGUCAAAAUAUUCUCCAAAAAUAGAUGACAUUUUUGAGAUGUUUAUAUCCACUAGAUUAUACCUUACAAUUAGUAGAUAUGUAUAUGUAAAGUAAUAGGUUGGAUUAAGUCUUCCUUAAUUGAAAUCUUUCAUUCUGUCAGCUGAGCACUGUGUGUCUGGUAGAUACAAGAAAAGCCAGUGAAAUUCUGAGUAUUAAAGUAAGCUUUAUAAAGAAUUUUCACAAAAUUGCCUGGAAAAUAUAAUCCUUGCUACUUGUUAUAUUACUUUUGGCAUCUUUCUGUUUGUAAAUCAGACCUGCUAAUCUGUUAUUUUCCAUUUUUGAGCUGGUUUGCCCUUAAGAAUAUGUGACAUUGAGAAAGAUUUCCAUUUUCACCAAACAAUGCAAAUUGGUUGUUGAUUGUAUUGUUAAAUGUCAACAUUUCUGUGGAAAUCUGAGUGUUGGGGGAAACAGAUUUUUGAAACAGAGGUUGUUAAUUACUUGAUUGGGAAAGUCUAAAUACAGAGAACUUUUGUGGAGUCAGGUUUCAUUGCACAUAUCCCGUUCAUUCAGCAAAAGGAAAAAGGAAGGUUCACAUGGUUUUUAUUACCCAGUUGUGGAUGUUGGUGACAUAGAAAGAUUGACAUUGAUAUCAUAUAUUUCUAUGUAAAAUAAAAGGUAUUUCUUUUCUUUUGAAUAAUUCCAAUAAAACUGAUUAAGAGACA